UAUGCAUAGCUGGUACAAACAAAAGGAUUAGCUGUUGCGUGGGAAAUGCUGAGCUUAAGCCUAUGCCUUCCUUCUUCUGUGACUGUAACGUCAGCGAUUCAUGGAAGUUCAGAUGCGAAGGAUUUAAAUUUUGAGAGUGUUGCACGCAGUCUCAGCGCCCGCACGCCACACAAACUCCUCAAAGCCUGCAUCAGGUCUGGUAACUUGGAGCUUGGGAAACUCCUUCACCAAAAGUUGACCGAGUCAGGACUCGACCUGGACUCGCUUCUUCUCAACUCGCUAAUUAGCCUCUACUCUAAAUGCGGGGAAUGGGAAAACGCACUUUCAAUAUUUCGGAACAUGGGUAGUAAUAAGAGAGACUUGGUCUCCUGGAGUGCCAUCAUCUCAUGUUUUGCCAACAACAGCAUGGAGUCCCGAGCCCUUGUCACGUUCCUUCGCAUGCUCCAGCACGGGAUUUAUCCUAAUGAAUAUUGCUUUACGGCGUCAAUUCGAGCUUGUUCCAAUGCUGAAUAUUUACCCAUUGGGCGUGUAAUCUUUGGCUUUGUAUUAAAGACCGGAUAUUUUGAUUCUCAUGUCUGCGUUGGUUGUGCUUUAAUCGACAUGCUCAUAAAGGGCGGCGCUGAUAUCGAAUCUGCACGCAUGGUGUUUGAGAAAAUGCAGGACAAAAAUGUAGUGACUUGGAAUUUGAUGAUUACUAGAUUUGCACAACUGGGUUUGCUGGGUGAUGCUGUUGACUUAUUCUGCAGAAUGUUAGUAAGUGGGUAUACACCUGAUAGUUUUACUCUUACUAGUCUCUUAUCAAGCUGCGCUGAGAUGGAAUUGUUAUCACCUGGGAAGCAAUUACAUUCUUGGGUUAUCAGGUCUGGAUUGGGUUCAGAUGUGUGUGUGGGUUGCAGUCUGGUGGACAUGUAUGCAAAAUGUGGAUCAGUAGAAAAUUGUAGGAAAAUGUUUAAUAGAAUGCCGCGCCAUAAUGUUAUGUCUUGGACAGCUCUCAUCUCUGGAUAUGUGCAAGGCAGACAAGAAGAGGAAGCUAUCAAAUUGUUUUGUAACAUGCUUCCUGGUCACGUUGCACCAAAUUGCUACACAUUCUCCAGCGUCAUCAAGGCUUGUGCAAAUCUUCCUAAUUUUGGCUUUGGCAAGCAACUUCAUGGCCAGACAAUUAAACUGGGCCUUGCUUCGAUUAAUUGUGUGGGGAAUUCCCUUAUUAACAUGUAUGCAAGGUCUGGAAGAAUGGAAUGUGCUCAAAAAGCUUUCGAUAUCUUAUUUGACAAGAAUUUGAUUUCAUACAGUACAGCUGUCGAUGCAAAUGCUAAAGAAAUUGAGCACACAGGUAUUGGAGCCAGUUCUUUUACAUAUGCAUGCCUCUUAAGUGGUGCGGCUUGUAUAGGUACAAUUGGUAAGGGUGAACAAAUCCAUGCCCUCGUAGUAAAGUCGGGGUUUGGAACUAACCUGUGCAUUAAUAAUGCUUUAAUAUCUAUGUAUUCCAGGUGUGGAAACAAAGAAGCUGCUCUGGAGGUCUUUAAUGACAUGGGGGAUCGCAAUGUCAUAACUUGGACAUCUGUCAUAAGUGGUUUUGCAAAACAUGGAUUUGCUACAAAAGCUUUAGAAUUGUUCUAUGAAAUGCUUGAAAUUGGUGUAAAGCCUAAUGACGUGACUUAUAUUGCGGUUUUAUCCGCCUGUAGUCACGUUGGUUUGAUUGAUGAGGCAUGGAAACACUUCAAUUCUAUGCAUUAUAACCAUGGUGUCGUUCCAAGGAUGGAACAUUAUGCAUGUAUGGUUGAUUUGCUUGGUCGAUCUGGUUUUCUUUUAGAAGCCAUUGACUUUAUUAACUCGAUGCCUUUUGAUGCUGAUGCAUUGGUGUGGCGUACAUUUCUUGGUUCUUGCCGGGUACAUCGUAACACCAAGCUCGGGGAGCAUGCUGCAAAAAUGAUUCUUGAGCGGGAACCACGUGAUCCAGCUACCUAUAUAUUAUUGUCAAACUUGUAUGCAUCAGAAGGGAGGUGGGAUGAUGUUGCAGCCAUAAGAAAAAGCAUGAAACAGAAAAGAUUAAUAAAAGAAACAGGUUAUAGCUGGAUUGAAGUUGACAACCAAGUGCACAAAUUCCAUGUAGGGGAUACUUCACACCCCCAGGCUCAAAAGAUAUAUGAUGAACUUGAUGAAUUGGCUUUAAAAAUAAAGAACUUGGGUUAUGUCCCAAAUACAGAUUAUGUUCUUCAUGACGUGGAGGAUGAACAGAAGGAACAGUAUCUGUUUCAACACAGUGAAAAAAUUGCAGUGGCAUUUGCUCUUAUUAGUACCCUGAAAUCAAAACCUAUUAGAGUAUUUAAGAAUCUUCGGGUUUGUGGGGACUGCCAUACGGCAAUAAAGUAUAUAUCAAUAGUCACUGGAAGAGAGAUUGUGGUGAGAGAUGCAAACCGGUUUCAUCAUAUCAAGGAUGGGAAAUGCUCUUGCAAUGAUUAUUGGUAAAUGGUAAUCCAUAUACGUCCAAUUGAGUUGGCUUCUGUAAAUUUUGAAGGGUUGUUUAAGAGGAGGGCAGAUCCAGUAAAGCAAAAAGGUACAUCUUGUAAAGACAAAAUUAUUGAUCAAUAUCUUAAAUCGUAGUUCCGACCACAUCAUAUCCAUUAUUUAUUCAUAUUUACUCUAUUUCAUUUACCUUAAUAUUUAAUUUAUUUUCCCAU